AUGAAUCCCCAAAAAAUUACUAAAAAUAAAAAUGAUCAUCAUGUGCCCAGUAAUUUUGAAAUGGAGGAUUUAAUGGUGGUUUCUCAAGAGAUUGCAAUCAAAGAGUUCUAUCAUUUUAUUGAAAAAACAUCUUUUAUUUAAGAAAAUUUUGAAAUGUUAUCUAAAGUUGGUGAUAAUUUAAGGUUGGAUUUUAAAGAUUGGCCGACAGCUGAAUAGGCUAUUGCAUUGUUUGAGCUUAAUCUGUAAAAUGGAAGAAAGAAAUCCAUAAAGUGGAGUGAGACCGAAAAAAAGUUGUUUUAUUGGAUAGUAAUCCGAUAUUGUUUACAUAAAGGGUUGAAGGAUAAUAGAUUUAUAGUAAAUGAUUUAUUAACUUUACAGAAAUAUGAGGAAUGGAGAGAAAUUUCUAAAAUAGUUUUAGGAAGGAAUGCCCAUUAGUGUCGAUUGAAAUGGGAAUAAAGAUAUCGAGUUCCAUUAUCUUAAAUACCUUGGACAGAAUAAGAGGAUUAAUUGUUAUUUUCAGUACAUGAAGAGUUUAUGAAAUCGGGCAGGGAGAACAAAUGGUCCCAAAUAGCAAAAGAAAUAUUCAAGCGAUCCUCAACCAAGGUGUUUAGAUAGCCGAAAUAAUGUAGAGAGAGAUGGAUAAAUAGAUUAGAUCCAAACAUAUCUAAUGUGCCUUGGGAUAAAUAAUAAGAGAUCGAUUUAUUGAAGAUGAUUUUGAUAAGAGGUAAGAAAUGGUCUGAAUUAUCCAUCCUAUAUGGUAGGGCCAGAACUGAAAACACUUUAAAAAAUAAAUAUAAUUCAUUGAUAAAGAGAGAGAUUUAGAAAUAAGAGAUUAAUUGUAUUAAUCCAAUCUUAUUUGAGAAAGUAUAAACUUUAAGAUAGAGUUAUUCAAAAAAAUAUGGUAUAGCAACACCGAUUGAAGAAAUAGACAACUUUGAAUGCCAAUUUAUUCUCUUAGCUAUUAAAAAUUUAUAUGUGGAACUUUAUUUAUAAGACGGAAAAAUUGCAGAGGCAUAAAAGAUAAAUAAUGACGAGUUCUUUGAUUACCUUCCCGAUGACUAUUUAUAGGUUAACACUAAUUAAAGAUUUUUAUAUAAGAAGAAUUUGAAUAUUAAAAAGGUUGAUUCCAAUUUUUAUGCAAAAAACGAUCAUAGCAGUCUAGUUAUUUUUAACAAACGAAAUAAAAGAAUCUAUUUAACUCCAUACAAUGUAUUGGAUUUCUCAGAUAUUAUACUAAAUACUAUACUAAAAAGAGUUAAUCUUGACAAUAAUGCUCUUAAAAAUGUAAAAGAAUAGAGUUCUUCAAUAAAUCAACCUAAUUUCAUACUCGCAAAUCAAUAAAACUGCAUAAUUCCUUUUUAAUAGAUGCUACAUAACUAUGUAUUUGUUCCAAACUGUUUUGCAUAAUCAAUAUCAUCCUAAACAAGUAAUUCAUUUUAAUUUUGUACUUUGCAAUAAAGCCAGUAAUAUGAUUAAUUGAGAAGUAUUGAUUUAAGCUAUUUAAACAAUUAAAAAGAUCUGAUUAAUUCUAUAGGAGUAGAUAUCAAAACUGUAGAUUCAAGCGAUGAGAUUUGA